AUGAUAAACAAAUACUACAAAAAGCUUCACCCUGCGAUUGCACAAGCUAAAAAGGCAUUCCCUAUCUGGAGAAAAUUGGUAAUAGUAAGGGAAUUGGAGGAGCAUCAGAUAUGGUGGCAAGUGAAGAAAGGGGAUUCUAGCUUCUGGUUUGACAAGUGGACAAACCUUGGUGUUUUAUACCAUGUCCUACCUGAUGAUAGUAUGAAGGAGGAAAUAGAAGUUCAGAAUUUUGCUACUACAGAAGGAUGGAAUGCACAGGUUUUAAUUCAAUAUAUACCUAAAGAGUAUGUGAAUCAUAUGAUAGAAAAUAUUCCCCCUCCUCAGGUAACAGAUGAAUUGGACAAAAGCUGGUGGUUACUAGAGAAGAAUGGAAAGUUUUCAGUCAAAAGUGCUUGGGAGUAUGUGAGACAAAGAGAAGUGAAGAUGUAUAACUAUAAUCAGAUGUGGAGGAAACAUCUUCCACUUAAGUUCUCAUUCACACUUUGGAGAGCUUGGAGAUAUAAAAUGCCAGUUGAUGAUGUAAUAUGCAGAAGGGGAAUUCUAUUGGCAUCAAAAUCUUGGUCUUUACCUGAGAACAAAAAUAAGAAACAAUGUCACAUCUUUUUCUAA